AUUUAUCGAUCACAGCACAGUCAAACGUAUUUUGCCAGGUGACGCCUUACCAUGAGUAAUCUCGUCAAAUAUUUUUGUGUUUUACUGUUUCUGCAAACGUGCCACGCGAAUCACACGGAAUCUUUUGAGUUUCAUGAACGUGAAAAACGAUGGCUAACCUUCAGCCCUUAUGGCGGAGUGGCAAAGCUGAUAAUUGGUGCCCUCAAUCCUGUCUAUUUUCAUCACAAUAAAUUGGUUCGGAGCCUCAACGUCGCAGUGAAUCUACAAGCCAACUACAUCAUUCCUGCGACUAUCAUUUGGCCCGUUCCGGCCAGCAUCUUCAAGAACCGGGUUAACAACGACUAUGUGGACAAUAGCCGCAUCCAGCUGUAUCAGAUUCUGGAAAACAUGUUCGACUAUGGGGGCAUUAGUGGACGUGAAUGUGUCCUCCGGACGAUAUGCGAGAUUGCCGAAACGCCUCUCAACCACAGUGGAAUGUUUGGUGAAUUGAUGGAUGUGAUGUUUACACCUUAUGAAGCGGAACACCUGGAUCAAACUUAUAUGGAAGCACGACAACAUGGCUUAAACGGGUCAAAUUGUGUUGAAGUCUACAAACGUUGCCCGUUAGGUUCCGGACUGCUAGAGAAGCUUACCGUACUUCAUUUGUUUAAAUAAAAGACGUUAUCAUAUUUU